GGGAGCCACAGCCGUCUCCACUCCCACUGUUCUCAGUGAGGACUACUCCUGUCCUGCCUGCGGUCGGUCAACAAUGGCUACGUCUCCUGUCAAAGAUUUCCUACUUUCUCAUUUAAUGCCAGAACCAUGUUAUCAUGAGUUUUUCGUCAACUUGCACUUCAUUCACGUGCCUUGCCUUAGGAUUGUACUGAGCAAAACUGUGGGGUUUUGGAUCCUGCUGGACACUGUGCUGGCACAGCUGCCUCAAGUGUUGAAGAUAAUGAGGAAGAGGAGUGCCGCAGGCCUGAGCCUCACCUCUGUCCUGCUGCAGCUCUAUGCCGCCUCCUGCCCCGUGGUGUUCUGCAUGGCCAACAGCUUCCCUCUCUAUGCCUGGGGUGAGAGGCUCUUCACACUGGUCCAGAUAGCAGUGAUUGGCUUCCUCAUCCUGCAUUACCAUGGUGAUGACCUCAAAGGACUGCUGUUCCUCUUGGCUUACAGUGGUAUAAUGUUGCUCCUGGGCUCCUAUGCAACUGCAGCAGUCGUCUCAAUGAUGCAGGCUUCCAGUAUUGUAGCUGUAAUUGCAAGCAAGCUCAUUCAGGCUGGAACAAACUACUGCAACAGCCACACAGGCCAACUGUCCAGUCUGUCUGUGUUACUAGUGUGGGCUGGGUCCCUGGCCCUUAUCUUUGUCUCUCUACAGGAGACAGGAAACUCUCUCAACACUCUGGCCCACAUAUUGUCAGCCUGUCUUAGCUGUGUGCUGCUGGCCCAGGUUCUCUGUUAUAGGAGCAACAACACUGCCAUGAAACAGAAGAGUGAGUAGUGGACAACAUCUGGUCAUCAUUGUCAAGUAAAUAUGGGACAAUCUCACAUCAUAUUCACAUCAUUCCAGCCAGGCCAGAAACAUGUGUGUAUGUGAAGUAGAAUCCCCAUUGUCAAGCUGUUAAAUAGCUUCAUUUAUUUUUUGGAAUUCAUGCCAGAAUAUAAAAUGCCAUGUAUUACUCCCUAGUGAUGAAAGUAAGAACAACCUCCAGUCUCAGGGGAAAUGCACCUUUCAAAGAUAAGCACAAAAUAAAACAACCCUCCCAGAGAUCCAUUUAAAGAGUUCUGGUGGCUCUUCUGUGUUUGGUGCAUUUUUUUCUUGUCUAAGUCAACUAAAAUUGUCAGAAGGGAACUUAAGCACCUUCCAUUACAAAGUCACUGUCAGUGAUUGCUUACCACUAGGGGGCAGCAGAGUUGUAGUAGAGAUGUGGAUUCCUGCACAGCCAGCAGGUCUAGCCAGUUUUUGCAGUCUAGGUUCUCUAUAUGCCAUACUGUAUGUAGGCACUAGAGGGCAGACACGCCUCCCUGUUGGAUUUUACUGGCAGAGGGCUUAAGUAAAUUUACACAUAGGUUAAUUUCAGUUGUCUCUACAAUAAGUAAUGUAUAAUCUCAUUAUUUCUCCCUUCCAUAUAAUCUUUAAAUCAGGGCUAGGUAACCCUGUGCCAUUGAAGGCAGGCAGUCUGCAGUUUUACAUUCCAAGGAAAGAUUACAACAGAUGAUUUCACUGAUCACUUCCUCCGGGCUGAAGCUGUGUUAAUCAGUGACAUCAUUUGCUGUAGGAUUUGACUUGAAUGAAGACGUGCACACUCUUGAACUUCUAUGGUUGAUUGCCCAUCUCUGCUCUAAAUGGCUGGUUAAACUGUUACAGUGUUGUGUAAGUAAAGAAAUAAUCCACUAUUGUUGGAUUGCAAACAACUAAACAAUGGCCAGUUGCAGGUUAGUAUGGCAGGCCAGAUGUGGAUGAACAACAGAUUUCAGUCAAAACCUUUUUUUUUUUUUUUUUUUUUUAAAUCUUUUAGUCUCUCCUAUGAUGAUAAUGUCAGCAAUCUGCACCAUACACAGUAAUCAAUCAGUGAUUAAUUUUGAGAAAACUGUAAACCACUGCUCUCUUAGCGUCAUCUACUUGAACAACAUGGAAAUGUGGAUCUCUGCUAGAAUUUUAAGUUCUGGGGAUUUGAACAAAGCAGCAUGCAUUUGCAAUAACGAAUGAUGAACCAACCAGUGGGAACGGCAGUUUUAAGAGGUUAAUACUUAGAUUUCAUCAUAAACACAAAUUUUAGUUGCUGAGAACCUUUUCAAGAGCAAGGGAACUCACCUGUUGUGGUCAAGGAAAGUGUCACAUCCAGUGAAAGAAUCCUUUUCAAGAUAAACUAAAGCUAAUUUGGCAGUGCAUUGUUUCUAAAUGUACUAGUAAUUCUAAAUAAUGUUACAUUUAUUUUUUUCAGUUGGCUAUAUAUCUUAUAUUGUGUAUGUAGUUUGAUGAUGUUGUUCAUCAGAUACUGGUGCUGUGGCUGUUAAUUGUGCAGUGUGGACAUUGUGUUCAUAUGGAAGUCCUCAGUCUCAGCUUCAUCUUUCUUGUCUGUUGAACAAUGCUGUAAACUUGAUAAUACUGUGAAUUGUAGUUACCAAAGAUUGUUAUCAAUUCCUACACUUGGACUUGUAAAGUAUUCUAAUGCAGGGGCAACAUUACAUUUCUACCACAGGAUAAUGACAUUUGUAAAUUAACAGAGCUCUCACCUUCAGCCUGUCUGCCUUUUCAUCUGAGUCAUGUUACAAGUGAAGGUGUGGUGGGUGGGUACCACUUCUCCAAUGACUUUUCCAGUUUAAUUCAAAGACAAACAUGAGUCAGAGUCAUACAUGACUGACUUUGACGCUGUUGGUAAAGUAUGUGUCCCUUAACUGGAUCGCAGACCUGAAUAUUACUCCCUGAAUUUUAUUCCCUGAAUUUUUGGACCUGGCAUUACACACAGCAAUAUACAUCUUCCUGGGCUUUAACACAUUACAAGUUAACACUUUCAAGUCUGUAUGUCUGGAAGUGUGAACACAACAAUCCAGCCAUCACUAGUAACACCUCAUCUUGUCUCAUAAAUCCUGGGAAGGCAGCAUUGUAGAAAGCCCAGUGUAUCAGUCAUAGAGACAAUAAAUAAAUUUGUGUUACUGGUGCAAAUAGGUGAAAAUUCAUGGACGACAAUCACUUAUAGGUUUUACUCAAGUGCUGUAUUAAAAUACAACUUUGAAAAGAAGAUUGGUUUACAUGAAUGUUUACAUUUGUAACACUUUCACUGAACACUUCAGAGUAAAUAUCUAUAUAGAUAGAUAAAUAGGCAUCUUUCAUCUUUAACUAACACUUUUAAUUACUUAUAUACUUUCAAGUGUCUUUACAAAAUGCAUGUGAAAUGUAAAAAACAGGAUGCUUCUUCUUCUGUUCUGGAA